AUGAAUGGGAAAGCUAUCCCAGAGGGAUUCAACUCUACACUCCUCGGAGUCACGAUUGAUAGAAACUUGAAUUUCAAGCUAAAUGCAAAACUGGUCAAGAAAAAGAUCGCGGAUCACCUGAACGUUCUAAAAGCGAUUAAAGGAAGGCUGAAAGGCAGCCCACGGGACUCCCUAUUGAAUAUUUUCAAAAGCUGGAUAAUCCCACGACUAGUGUACGGUAUCAUCCUCGCUAGUAAAGCGGAUAAAUAUUUUAAAAUGUUGGAAUCAGCCUAUAACAGCGGAAUUCGCAUAAUCACGGGUGCGUUUUAUAGUAGUCCUAUUAAGAGUCUACUUGCUGAGAUAGGGGAACCACCUUUCGAGAUGGUAUGUGUGCAGAGGAUGAUCCAUGCACUAGUCAGGUGGGAGGAGUGCCCAGCCAACCUAUCGCUUGAUACCCCAGACGGGGUUAGGGCCAGGCAAAAAUAUCAAACCCUAACGGUGGAGAUACUGCCUCGCCCCCUGCGGUUAAGUCGAUGCUCUCCUAGAGCCUGGGAUGCCGUUCCUCCAACCAUCAGCUGGAGGGUAAAACGGUUCGUUAGGGCUGGGGAUAACCCCCAGAAGGUGCAAGCGGUGGUGAACGAGGCCCUACGUACUGACUUUGCUAACAAACGCAUUGUCUAUACUGACGGGUCCGUCACUGAUGACGCAUCAGCCAUUGGGGUACUCGACUGUAAUGCUAAGACUAGCAUGAGAGUCCCCAAUAAGUUUAGCAUCUUCUCGUGUGAAGCUCUCACCAUUAAGUUGGCAUUAGAGAGCGUCACCAAUGCUGAUAGCGUCGUUGUUUGUUCGGAUUCGGCGAGCGUCCUCAAAGCUGUAGAGGGUGAUACUAUCAAACACCCCAUUAUUCAAGAAAUUGAAGAGCAGCUGAGAGGAAGUAGUGCGAUCCUAUGUUGGAUUCCGGGUCACACCGGGAUCCCGGGGAACGAGGAAGCCGAUCGGCUUGCUAACGAAGGGCGGAGAGGCUCCAUUACCAGUAUGGGUAUACCUGGUAAGGACCUCAUUAGAAGGGCGAACAAUUCCAUUCUCCUCACUUGGGAGGCUGAAUGGAAUCGUGAAAGGGACCUGCAGUUUCGUAGAAUUAAAGCAUCAACCGGCAAAUGGAGGGACCGAGCCAACACGUAUGAACAGCGAAUUCUCUCGCGUCUUCGCAUCGGGCAUACGUGGUUGACUCAUAACUCCCUAGCAAAGAAAGAAGAGCCCCCUACCUGUUGCGGCACCCGCCUGAUGGUGGGGCAUAUUCUAACGGAAUCCAUGCGAACUGCGGACCUUCGUAGGAGGUACGGCUUAACCGGUGGCCUAGAUGUCGUUUUGCAGAACGACACACGGAAAGAAAGAGAUACUCUGGAUUUCCUUAAAGAGGCUAACCUGAUUCAGUACAUUUGA